UUCUGAAUUCUGUUCUGAACAUCACCUGAUGACGUACAUAGCAACCAUCCUCAGACCACCUUUAGCUAUCGACAGAGAAACAGUGCCCCUUGUGUAGCAGCGAUUUUACACCAUUUAGCAGUAUUUUACAGCGUUUAGCAGCAUUUCACCACUUUUAACUGUUUUAUACAAUGGCUGCACUGUUUGUGAAAGAUCUUCACCCUGAAGUAUCAGAGGUGAUACUUUCUAAUAGAUUUAGACCUGCAGGACACGUCCAAUCUGUCCACAUUUGCAGGGACAGGAAGACCGGCUCUCCUCUCGGAUACGCGUACGUCAACUUUCGCUAUCGAGAUGACGCUGAGAGAGCCAUUGACAUGUUCAAUUUUGAACUCCUCCUGGGGAGACCCAUGCGUGUCAUGUGGUCAAACUGGGAACCCACCGCCAAGCCCAUCAAGGGAGGGAACAUAUUCAUCAGGAACCUUGAUUGGUCCAUUGACUGCACCUCCCUGUUUGACACUUUCUCUGUGUUCAGGAGGAUCGUGUCAUGCAAGGUUGUGGAAUCAAAAGGUUAUGGGUACGUUCAGUACGAGUCAGCGGAGGCGGCGGAACGGCUGAACGGAAAACUCCUGAACGACCGCCAAGUGUAA